CUGACGGCCGAGGCUCGCUUCGUCGGAUUCUGGGGGUAAAAAUGUUUUGAAAAUCUAAAAAAUUUAAAUUUAGUUUUAUUAUAAAGCUCGAACGUCGAAAAAAUGAGUAGUGACGAAAAGGAUAGUAGCGAUGAGCUUUGGGAGAAAUUUCAGGAGCAAAGAUCCAUCCAAAAAGCGGAAGCAGACCAGGAAACUAAUCCCAGUCGGAAAAUGCUCAAAUCCUGGCUGAACAACACCUUCCGGAUAAAAAUGACCGACGGACGGAUACUGAUAGGAAUGUUUGUCUGCACGGAUGCCGAUGCAAAUGUGAUUUUGGGGAUGACCAGCGAAUUUACGGAAAACGGCGGAGAAGAACGGGUUCUGGGACUGGUGAUGAUUCCCGGCAGGUACAUCGUGUCAAUCGAAAUCGAUGAAGCCAACCCGGUCAAUGCGAAUUAGAAUUAGGAAAUUGAUUUAUUUAUUCAAACAAACUGUACACUAUCGGUUGGGACUCAAUAAAAAUCACUCGUUUAAUGUAUCUUAACA